AUGGCCCAUAGCUUCCGCUCUGGUCUCAGCAAGCUGCAGCAAGAGAGUGUUCGAGUUGUGGCUUUGGGCGUAGCUGGUGGCAAAAUAGGUGUGCGCGAAGCUGUAGCCAUCGUGAAUAAUAUGAAGUAUGUAGCGAUGCAGCGAGAGUCACUUAGAAAUGCGGAGAAGAAGGUCUUGUUCGAUAAGCAUCUAGAACUCUUUAUCAACAUGUUUUCGCCAGAGACUGGAGUGACGCUCGCCACAGCUCUCCGGUAUAAAACUGAAAGGGCAGAAGCCAAAGUGAUCUCGACCAGACACUGGAACACCGAUGACAUAGUCACAAACUUCAUGGGCGUGAUCGCGGAGGUGCCCAAAGAUGUAGAGGACGACUUUUUUGUAUGUUUCAUGUCCACUUGGUGGGGUCAGUAUCAGUUAAGAGUGGAGUAA